AUGGAAAAAAGUAUUAUACAUCAAAUCAUUUUCAGGGCGGUUUUUGACAGAGCAACAUUUCAAGAAGGCCGAGUAGAGCUAUAUUUAAAAAAGCAAUAUGCUGCUGACACUUUGGACCACUAUUCAAGAUUUGUGAUUGCAAGGGUUGGAGCUAGGACUCGGCCGUGUGAUUUGCGGUUGCAUUUGAUGAAGGAGAUUUCAGGUAUGCCAACUUCUCUAAAUAGGGAAAGAACACGUCCUGCAGUGUCUCCUGAGACAACCAGCGAGUCGUCCAACGAGUCGUCCUCCAGCUCAGGAACAGAAGCAGUGGAUACGGCAGACAGUUUUCUGGUUUUAUAG